AGGACCGCAUUGGCUGUUGUGUUUUUUUCAUAAGGGUCCCAAACUACACCGAGAUUUGGAAUAUUACGGUACAGUCCAGCAGGAAAAUGGCGACUGUCAUUCAUAAUCCUCUGAAAUCACUCGGUGACCAGUUCUACAGGGAGGCUAUUGAACACUGUCGCAGCUACAAUGCCCGUCUUUGUGCUGAACGCAGCGUACGCAUGCCCUUCCUGGACUCGCAAACUGGUGUGGCACAGAACAACUGCUACAUCUGGAUGGAAAAGUGCCAUCGCCAGCCAGGCCAAGCAGCAGGACAGAUGUAUACCUACCCUGCUCGUUGCUGGAGAAAGAAGAGGCGACUCCACCCACCCCUGGAUCCCCAACUCCGCCUGUGUGAGCUUCGACUAGAAGCUGAGCUGGCCCCCAAGCGUGAGGUUCCCCCAGGGGAGGCCACAGCCUUGGAGGCCCUCCUGAGGGGGGACAGCCUGCUGGAGAAAAAAAACAACCUCUGUAAGGAAGAGGAGACGUUGCUGGAAAUACAGAGAGUUCUGGAGGCGGAUGAAAAUGGGGAUGGUUUCCAUGAUGAUGAAGACUUUGAAACGGAUACUCCAAAAAGAAAGAACAGAAACAGAGGCAAAAACAGAUCCAGUCGCAGAAGGACAGAACCCGUUAACAUGGACGACCAGGACAAACCUUAUGUCUGUGACAAUAGAUACAAACAAAAGCAUAACUCAAAAAAGGCUGAAGAAGUCUGUGGAAAGCGCUACAAGAACCGGCCUGGCCUGAGCUACCACUACACCCACACUCACCUGGCAGAGGAGGAGGGUGAGGAGGAGAAGGAAGCAGAGAUGACCCCGUCUCCUCCACGCAGCUCAGACAACCACAAACCUCAGAAGGGCCCAGAUGGCGUCAUCAUCCCCAACGACUACUGUGACUUCUGUCUGGGAGACCAGGACUCCAACAGGAAGACAGGCCAGGCCGAGGAGCUGGUGUCCUGCUCUGACUGUGGACGCUCUGGUCACCCCACAUGUCUGCAGUUCACUGACAACAUGAUGCAGGCAGUGAGGACAUACCAGUGGCAGUGCAUAGAGUGCAAGUCUUGCAGCAUCUGUGGUACCUCGGAGAAUGAUGACCAGCUGCUGUUCUGCGACGACUGUGACAGAGGAUACCACAUGUACUGCCUGAAGCCCCCAAUGACCCAGCCUCCAGAAGGGAGCUGGAGCUGUCACUUGUGUUUGGACCUGUUAAAAGACAAGGCCUCAGCCUACGGAGAAGCAUAACUCCCUGGACAUUCUUUUCACCACACACGUACACACAAUAUAUAUAUUUGUACCUAUACAUUAACUGUUGCUAACAUGCCCACACAUCAGCAAAAAGUCUCUCAGAUAGUAUCAAACACACAGAUACACUCUUUCACACACACUCCAGUGCAUUAGCAGGCUCAGGGCAGUUUCCUGUGAGGCGGAGAGAUCCUCACACUCCAGAUGCAAACGGCAUCAACAUGCAAUCUCGACCAUAAGUCAGCUAACAGCAGGCCUGCCAUUCAGUAAUUUCUCUACCUCACCACUCAGUAGACGGCAAGAAGCCAAGGCAAGAUAAUGGCCAAUACAUGUGUAGUGCAUGUGUAUGUGAAAUACACGUUUUUAAACCAAACAUCUGAAAGUUCCUGGAUGUUUUCCGCUGAUUUGAACGUAUUCGAUUUGGAAGAUGUUUGUCCCAGAGUUUUUGCUGAAGCUGUUUCACUUGCCUCCCUUGCUGCUCAAGUUCUACAGUGGGGGAACCUGAGUGGGUUUGACUAAUGUUUGUUUAAAUUUCUCCUUCCAGCUCUACUUCUCUCCUGUGUUUAGACCUUACAGUGACAUUCCGAUUUUAUAUCUGGACAGACUCAGUGUUAGUUAUGCCAUCUUUCACAGGUUUUGUCAAGCUUGGUGAAAUUUAUAUCCAGUGCUUAGAGCAAACAGGCUGAUAAAACAGCCUGGACUAUCAUUUCUGUUGGAGCGCGGUGACAUUUGUAAUCCACGUCUGUUUUUUGUAUGCUCGCAGUUACUAGGAUACCAUGGUGCUCAAUUUGACACUUUACAAAAUGAUAACAUUUCUUUACGUAGAAUGAAACACUUAUUUAUUUAUUGCUGAUAAUGGUCCAAUGUUACUGUCAAGGAGAUCAUUGUUACUGUAAAUCAGUGGUUCCCAAACUUCUUUUAUGGCCCCCUUUGGAUGCCAAAAAAACAACUGACCCCCUUCCUCCCCCUACACAAACACAUAAAUUGAUUCCAUUUUUAUCAUAUUGUAACAGUACUGGGGAAAUUGUAAUAACAGUAAAUGAAAUAUAUUGAAAUAAUACAAACACAAACUGCAUUUUCUUGGAUUUUGUCAUUAUGUUCUGAUGUUAAACUGAAAAAUAUAAAUUAAACUUUGUCCAAACUGCCAGUAUCUUUACACACAAGCUUCAGCUCUUAUAAUAAAAGUCAACAUGGAAGUUGGGAACCACUGCUGUAAAAUUAACCAGAGCAGUGCAUGCGUAUAUUAUCAAACCUUGAUUCAUGACUAUAUAACAGGCAGUGUGAUGAACCAUAUAGGCUGCAUGUCCGGAGGAUGCAGUAUUUACUGUCUGGAAGUUUUUUUUACAGUUUUUUAAAUGCAGUUAUUACCAGAAUAAUCUGGACGUUCUGUAUUUGUAUUACCACGUAAGUAAGGUUUAUAUGUUAAAAUGGUUUCACCUAAAGUCGAAUAUUUAAAUCUUCCAAGGCCCAUCAAUGUAAUUUAUGUCUUUGUUCCGAGCUAAAUUUGGUAGCAUUCGCUUACUGCUCUCUAAAAACAAGGUUGAUCAUGAAAAGGAAGAAACACCACGAAUAAGCUCAAAACUACAACAAAAAAAAACAACAACUUAGAAGUACACAUAGUGUGCAAGCCUUGACAGGAUAUCACAAUCUGCAUUUGUGUGUUUUUUUUAUUGUGAGUUUGUAUUUGAUAUUGCUUUUCCACUGACAAUCAUGAGCUAGCAUAGAUAUAGUACAUGAUGUUAUUAAUAUGCAGAGGGUUUUAUUGUGCUUGUCCAUGGUGGGUAUAAUGACCCUUUGUGUCUUCCUUUUAAAAAUGUCUUGGAUGUCAUUCUUAUUUGAUGCCAUCACAUACAGUGAUUCAAAAUGUGUGUUGUAUUUUGUUAAAGUAAAUGUAAUGUUUUGUGUUGAAAUAAAGACUUUUCCAUAAA